GGGAGAUACGCCCUUUCCGCUGCUUCUUGCUCAUUACUGAUUUUCAUGGCCGUCAAGUCCACCAGGCAAUUCUCAAAGCGAAGGCCGCAAUCGCCUUUGGUUCAGCAACAGCAACUGCCUGGUGUAGGAACGGCGCCCUUGGCGACAACAGCGGCAGUGCCAUCCAUUGCACCCGUUGCCAUCCAAAGCUCACGAGCCCCUCUACGUGCAGCUCGCGCAGAGGUUUCCCAAGAGCCUGAAAAAACACUUGAUCAACAUGAACACGUACACAACGAUCAUCGUCAUGACCACCCACACGCUCACGACCACACCCACGCUCACGACCACGACCACGCACACGCCCAUGAUCACGUCCACGAUUCUUUUGCGCAACCGGCUGUUCCUUAUCUUGAUCAACAUUAUGAGCAGCAUAGUCACGAUCACCACCAUACCCCUGGAUACACUCAUAUUCCACAUACUACUACAACUGCACAUGGACACGACCAUAGCCAUGGACACGACCACAGCCAUCAUCACCACGAUCAAGGACAUGACCACCACGAUCACGACCAUCAUCAUCAUCAUCAUAACCAUCCGCACGUCCACGUACCUCCUCUCCCAUCCUGGUCUGAGAUCUUUGCAAACUUGGCACCGAUGCAAAAAACCAUCUUUACGUGGUUCUUGAUUCACAUUACAAUUGGCGCGUUGGUCUGGUGGGCAGGCACAUCCAGAGAUAGUUUGGCAAUUGUUGGAUUUGCGUACCUUGUCAUUUUUGAUGCCUUGGGUGUUCUCAAUCUGUUUAUUUCCGAUAUUGUGCGAACAAACCCGGCGUUCCUGGCAAUCAACACAAAGCGGCCUUUUGCCGCACGUCGAUAUGAAAUUGUAUUUGCAAUGGCAACAACCGUGUAUUUACUGUUUGCGACGAUGUAUACCACCAAAGAAUCGCUCGAGCACAUGUUGCUAGAGAAAAGCAGCACAUCGUCGUCGGAAGAUCACCACUAUGAAGCACAUUUGGGUUUCGGUGGAUUUUUGAUUAUGUGUAUUGCCAUGGGCGCCACAGUUCUAUCCAGUGUUAGCUUAAGAAAUCAUGAAAACUUUGUUCGCUAUUUACGACGAUCCCCACCUACUGUCCACGGAUUUUCUUACAAUGUGCUGAAUCGGGCACGCGGUAACGCGAUCAAGAUUGUACUGUCAAACAUCUAUUCGUUCUCUAUUGUGUCGUGCGGCUUUGGAGUCAUGGUUUUGUACAUGUUUGGUGUCGCGACGCCGUUUAUGGACAAGUUUGUUGCUUUUGGCGAAUCUGCAGUGAUGUUAUAUCUGGGCGGACCCACAGCUGCUGCGCUGGCCAAGUUGUUGUUACAAACUACGCCAGAUGUAGCUCGUUCAGGCAUUGAAAGUCGACUCUUAGAGAUUCGACAGAACCCAAGUGUGCUGGCCAUGGAUCGUGUACAUUUUUGGCAAAACACGUAUGGCAAGUGUGUAGGCACGUUAGAGAUUCAAGUGAAACCGGAUGCGGAUGAACAGGCUGUUUUGCAAUUUGUAUAUCAAAAGUUGGAAGGAUUGACAAGCGUGGAUGCAACCGAGGUGGAUGGUGGUCAUUCUGGAAGCGAGUUGACCGUCAGUAUCAUUCAAUAGUAAAUUCGGAUCAUGUUCUUUCUUUUACGCUGUUAACUACCCGCGAAAGAAGCCCAAAAAAAGUCAGCUUAAUGUAUGAUAGAGAAUUCUAUAUAUAAACAAACAUCAGAAGAAG